AUGAAGGCGCUACUCUUUUUGUUCUCUUUCAUUUUUUUCGUUACCAAAUGUCAAUGUGAAACAGAAAGUUAUAAGCAGCUUGUAGCCAAGCUGGACAAGUUAGAGGCGCUCGUGGUGGACGGCUACGAGCUCUUCCACAAAAAAAAGUUAGGAGAAAAUGAUAUUAAGGUAGAAACCAAUGCUAGUGCAAAUAAUAAUAAUAACAAUCAGGUUAGCGUUUUAACUUCCAAAAUAAGAAAUUUCCUGAGCAAGUUUUUGGAGCUACAAAUUCCUGGACAUACCGACUUGCUACACCUGAUAAGAGAAUUGGCCGUGGAACCCAAUGGGAUAAAAUACCUUGUGGAGAGCUACGAAGAAUUCAAUCAACUGAUGCACGUGAUCAACUUCCACUAUGAUUUGUUGAGGGCGAAGCUCCACGACAUGUGUGCCCAUGAUUAUUGCAAAAUACCGGAGCAUCUAAAAAUCUCUGACAAAGAGCUGGACAUGCUGAAGAAAGUUGUGCUGGGUUAUAGGAAGCCCUUGGACAACAUAAAGGACGAUAUUGGAAAAUUGGAGACCUUCAUCACUAAAAACAAGAUAACAAUAAAAAAUAUAAGUGAUUUAAUUAUUGCGGAGAACAAGAAAAGGAGUGGCCAUCCCACCACCACGACUAAUGGAGCCGGCACGCAACCCGCUAAUGGUUCAAUUGCGGCAGCCAGUUCGGAAACUACUCAAAUUUCUGGUUCGUCUAACUCUGGUUCGAGUAGCACUGGUUCGUCUAACUCUGGUUCGAGUAGCACUGGUUCGAGUGGCACUGGUUCGACUGGCACUGGACAAUCUCCUCCAGCAGCUGCUGAUGCAUCUUCAACAAAUGCAAACUACGAAGCGAAGAAAAUCAUCUACCAAGCCGUGUACAACACCAUAUUUUACACGAACCAGCUGCAGGAAGCUCAAAAGUUAAUCGCAGUCCUGGAAAAGCGCGUGAAAGUGCUGAAGGAGCACAAAGACAUUAAGGUGCUACUCGAACAGGUCGCAAAAGAAAAGGAAAAGCUUCCUAGUGAUUAUCCCAACACUACAAAUCUUACAAAUGUACACAAAGAAGCCGAAAGCAAAAUUGCCGAGCUCGAGAAGAAAAUCGAAGCCAUCGCCAAGACUGUGAACUUCGACCUGGACGGUCUGUUUACUGACGCAGAGGAGUUGGAGUACUAUUUGAGGGAGAAGGCAAAGAUGGCCGGCACGCUAAUCAUCCCAGAAAGCACCAAAUCAGCAGGCACCCCUGGAAAGACAGUUCCAACCCUGAAAGAGACCUACCCACACGGAAUAAGCUACGCUUUAGCAGAAAACAGUAUUUAUGAACUGAUAGAAAAAAUUGGAUCUGAUGAAACAUUUGGUGAUUUGCAAAAUCCAGAUGAUGGAAAGCAACCGAAGAAGGGAAUCCUCAUUAAUGAAACAAAGAGGAAAGAAUUGCUGGAAAAAAUUAUGAAUAAAAUUAAGAUAGAAGAAGACAAAUUGCCCAACCUAAAAAAAGAAUACGAGGAAAAAUAUAAGGUGUACGAGGCAAAGGUUAAUGAGUUCAAACCAGCAUUUAAUCACUUUUAUGAGGCAAGACUGGACAACACCCUUGUUGAAAACAAAUUUGAUGAUUUUAAGAAAAAAAGAGAGGCAUAUAUGGAGGAGAAGAAAAAACUAGAAAGCUGCUCCUACGAACAGAACAGCAAUCUGAUUAACAAGCUGAAAAAACAACUAACAUACUUGGAGGACUACGUUUUAAGAAAAGACAUCGCCGACGAUGAAAUUAAACACUUCAGUUUCAUGGAGUGGAAAUUAAAGAGCGAAAUUUAUGAUCUAGCCCAGGAAAUCCGAAAAAACGAAAACAAGCUCACCAUUGAAAACAAAUUCGACUUCUCCGGGGUUGUGGAAUUACAAGUACAAAAGGUAUUGAUAAUCAAAAAAAUUGAGGCUCUAAAGAAUGUCCAGAAUCUUCUUAAGAAUGCCAAGGUGAAGGACGACCUGUACAUUCCAAAGGUGUAUAAGACAAGCGAGAAACCUGAGCCCUACUACUUGAUGGUCCUCAAAAGGGAAAUUGACAAGUUGAAGGACUUCAUCCCCAAAAUCGAGAGCAUGAUCGCCACUGAGAAGAACAAGCCGACCGUGGCAGCGGCAGAUAUAGUGGCAAAGGGACAAUCGCUUAGAGGAGCAAGUGAAACAGGGACAACUGGCAAUACAGUCAAUGCGCAAACAGCUGUAGUACAACCACAACAUCAAGUAGUAAAUGCAGUAACGGUACAGCCUGGAACAACAGGACAUCAAGCACAAGGUGGAGAAGCAGAAACACAAACAAAUUCAGUACAAGCAGCACAAGUUCAACAAACACCUGCAGGAGCGGGCGGACAGGUAGCCUCAACACAAACGAUUAGCCAAGCCCCAGCACCAACUCAAGCCUCCCCAGAACCAGCACCAGCCGCCCCACCAUCGACACCUGCUGCCGCAGUUGCUCCAGCACCAACCAUGUCCAAACUGGAAUACCUCGAAAAGCUCCUUGAUUUUUUAAAAUCCGCUUACGCAUGUCACAAGCACAUUUUUGUAACCAACUCCACCAUGAAAAAGGAGCUACUCGAUCAGUACAAACUUAACGCUGAUGAGCAAAACAAAAUUAACGAAACUAAAUGCGAUGAAUUGGACCUCCUAUUCAAUGUCCAGAACAACUUGCCAGCCAUGUACUCCAUAUAUGACUCUAUGAGCAACGAACUGCAGAACCUUUACAUUGAGCUGUACCAGAAGGAAAUGGUUUACAAUAUAUACAAGAACAAGGACACGGACAAGAAGAUUAAGGCUUUCCUGGAAACACUCAAGAGCAAAGCGGCUGCUCCUGCUCAGUCAGCGGCAAAACCCAGCGGUCAAGCGGGUACUACUCCAGUAACGACAACUGCGCCAGUAACCACAACAACAGUUACUCCAAGUCCCCAAACAUCAGUUGUAACAAGCACACCUCCUACACCCCAAGCAGAAGAAAACCGACGCGUGGGAGGUAACAGCGAGGAGAAACCCGAAGCCGACACUGCGCAAGUGGAAAAGUUUUACGAGAAGCACCUAUCCCAAAUUGACAAGUACAACGACUAUUUCCAGAAGUUCCUUGAAUCCCAAAAAGAUGAAAUCACCAAAAUGGAUGAAACAAAGUGGAAAGCACUAGGUGCAGAAAUUGAGGAACUGAAGAAGAAGCUACAAGUAUCUCUGGACCACUAUGGAAAGUACAAGCUCAAAUUGGAGAGGCUCCUCAAAAAGAAGAAUAAAAUCUCUAACAGCAAGGAUCAAAUUAAAAAGCUCACCAGUUUGAAAAACAAAUUGGAGAGAAGACAAAAUCUGUUGAAUAACCCAACAAGUGUGUUGAAAAAUUACACCGCUUUUUUCAACAAAAAGAGAGAAACAGAAAAGAAGGAGGUGGAAAAUACCCUUAAGAAUACCGAGAUUUUGCUGAAGUACUAUAAGGCACGAGCCAAAUAUUAUAUAGGAGAGCCCUUCCCUCUGAAGACCUUAAGUGAAGAAUCAAUGCAGAAGGAGGACAACUACCUCAACUUAGAAAAGUUUAGAGUGCUCAGCAGAUUGGAAGGAAGAUUAGGAAAGAACAUCGAGUUGGAAAAGGAGAACAUAAGCUACCUGUCCAGUGGACUGCACCACGUCUUGACAGAGCUGAAGGAAAUUAUCAAAAACAAGAAAUACUCCGGUAACGACCACACGAAGAACAUUGCAGCUGUUAAGGAAGCUUUGCAAGCCUACCAAGAAUUGAUCCCCAAGGUGACCACUCAGGAAGGCGCAUCCACAACAGCGGCAACAUUACCAGUAACAGUACCAUCAGCAGUACCAGGAGGAUUACCUGGAGCAGGAGUACCAGGAGCAGCAGCAGGACUAACACCACCACCACCAGCAGGAUCAGUACCAGCAACAGGACCAGGAGCAGCAGCAGGAUCAACAGAAGAAAACGUAGCAGCAAAAGCGCAGGACUACGCCGAGGACUACGACAAAGUAAUCGCACUCCCUCUGUUCGGCAACAACGAUGACGACGGGGAGGAAGACCAAGUAACAACGGGAGAGGCAGAAUCUGAGGCGCCUGAGAUCCUCGUGCCAGCAGGAAUCAGCGAUUACGAUGUGGUCUACUUAAAGCCAUUAGCCGGAAUGUACAAAACGAUAAAGAAGCAAUUGGAAAAUCACGUAAACGCAUUUAACACUAACAUAACGGAUAUGUUAGACUCUAGACUGAAGAAGAGAAACUACUUCUUAGAAGUUCUGAACUCUGAUUUGAACCCAUUUAAGUAUUCAUCAUCUGGUGAGUACAUCAUUAAGGACCCAUACAAGCUGCUCGACUUGGAGAAGAAGAAGAAGCUUAUAGGCAGCUACAAGUACAUCGGUGCAUCGAUCGACAUGGAUCUGGCCACCGCGAAUGAUGGCGUGACCUACUACAACAAGAUGGGGGAGCUCUACAAGACGCACUUGGAUGGAGUGAAAACAGAGAUUAAGAAAGUCGAAGAUGAUAUUAAAAAGCAAGAUGAGGAACUUAAAAAGUUAGGAAAUGUUAACAGUCAAGAUAGUAAAAAGAACGAAUUUAUUGCCAAAAAGGCCGAGCUGGAGAAGUACCUCCCGUUCCUGAAUAGCCUCCAAAAGGAGUACGAGUCCCUCGUGAGCAAGGUGAACACCUACACAGACAACCUAAAAAAAGUCAUCAACAACUGCCAGCUGGAGAAAAAGGAAGCCGAGAUCACUGUAAAGAAAUUGCAGGACUACAACAAGAUGGAUGAGAAGUUGGAGGAGUACAAAAAAUCGGAGAAAAAAAAUGAAGUGAAGUCUUCUGGUCUUCUGGAAAAAUUGAUGAAAUCAAAAUUGAUUAAAGAAAACGAGUCCAAGGAAAUAUUAUCCCAGCUGCUAAAUGUGCAAACUCAGUUAUUAACUAUGAGCUCCGAGCACACAUGUAUAGACACCAAUGUGCCUGAUAAUGCAGCCUGCUAUAGGUACUUGGACGGAACGGAAGAAUGGAGAUGCUUGUUAACCUUUAAAGAAGAAGGCGGCAAGUGUGUGCCAGCAUCGAAUGUGACUUGUAAGGAUAACAAUGGUGGUUGUGCCCCUGAAGCUGAAUGUAAAAUGACGGACAGCAAUAAAAUCGUCUGUAAAUGUACUAAAGAAGGUUCUGAGCCACUCUUUGAGGGAGUUUUCUGUAGCUCCUCCAGCUUCCUAAGCUUGUCCUUCUUGUUGCUCAUGUUGCUUUUCCUCCUGUGCAUGGAGCUUUAAAAAUAACACAAAUAAAAGUGCAGCAAGUGCAGCGGCGCCACGUGCAAUUUUUUUUUUUUUUUUUUUUCCUGCCUAGCAUUUUGAGUUCUGAACUGGGCUUUUGGCUGCACAGUUCCCAAUUUUUUUCUUUAAUCAUGGAC